AUGAAGUUGCGCUUGCUCAUUACCCUCUUCCUGGCGCUCUCUCUCUUCCAUGAGUGCGAGGGCUUUCGUUAUCGACGUGAUACAGACGACAUCCCUCGAUCCCCUAACCGAAAUACAUCGUCGAUGAAUGGCUUUGGGCCUCAAGAAAACGUGCUCGUGGAAAACCAAGGACGAGCGAAACUGCAGGUCAUGGAUGAUGCUGUCGUGGAUAUUGGCCCUAUGAACAAUGUUUUGCAAAGCUGCAUACACAAGAAGAUUGACGACGCAACUCUGACAGCGAUUCGCGAUAUGAUCGAAAAAAACCAUGGCAAAGAGUUUCAGGGGCUCAACCCGGAAACAACGAACUUCGACACCUUUAAGAAGACAUUGUUCGGCAGAGGGCCUCAACUGGUGCCUUACAUGCAACUAUUCCUUCAGAGCGGCCUAGGCCGUUGCCUCCUCAGCCUCCAGUAGCCUAGCUAGCAGCGCUCUUCCUGUAUGUUUCUCAUCUGUAAAGUCGUUCUCAGUCCUGUCGUCGUGUGAUACGGUCUUGGUAUCGCUCACAUCGCCGUAGAUGUUGCAC